GCAAAGCUAUAUGCCCCACUCUCCCGUGCCCGUGGGGAGAUGAUCGUGUCAUGUGACCGACACGAUCACGUAAUCACGUUUCACGCCUCGCAGAUCGGACCUACUAAUCGGGUGGGAUAUUAGGGUGAGACCCGGCGAGUUUAGAGCUUAUUACGUUUUUCACUCUAAAAACUGGAAAAUCAUUUAUUGGACAAUAAUUUUUUGAGACCUCCGGAACCGAUCACUAACUUGCUGAUUGUCAUCGUAAUGAUAUCUCCAAUCGGAUCCGAUCAAAGGUUGAGAACGAGGUUCGCGUCGUGUCAUCAUCGAGCUGAUGUACAUCAUGGGAAUAGAGGCUCCACUUACUGGUAUCACAAAACACCCCGCCGUGAUUGUUAGCGAUUCCGUUGACGAGGUGUGUACAACCGUGUGUACAAUUUACUGACCGACCGAUAUCGGCCCUCCCGUUUUGUGUUGAUUGCCACUGCCACCGUAAUGUUACGUACGUGACAUGACACACACGGGAGGGAGGGAUGGAGAGUGGGGUAAAAGGUAGUUGUCCGCGGCUUAUUACAGCUGUUUUGUAGUCAUUUAUCAGAGUUUUUUUUUGUUGUUGCUCGUAACAUCGUUUGGAGCGGAUGGGACAUUGGUGACUUCCUCGUUGCAUCACGAGUUGAAUGUCUGGAUGGUUCGUUGAGAACAUCACGUUAUCUUUGCCCAAUUCCCAGUUGUAUUGUGGAGUUGUGUUCUUUAAGAACAUCUGAUCUCUAGUAGGAAUAGGUAUGAUCCUUUGACUUACAUGAUACGUUUUCACGCAGUAACGAUCUCCACGGAUUUCCCUAGUGUAACGAGUACAAUCAACAAACGGUUGGCAUUUGCCUUCUAUUGACCUACACAAACACACACACACACACACCCCUCUUCCAAGGUUCAAGGCAGUGCACAUCAUCACAAGACCUUUUAGAACCUUCUCCAAAUAAACGUCCCCCAUUCCAUUUGCCAAUUAUCCAAACACCCAGUUUGAACGCGCAAUUAUCGGGCGCAUGCAAAUUUCGUAUCAUAAUUGUGUCGCUUGAUUGGACAUUUUGUGCAUUGCAUUCAAUCGGUGGCUUCUUCAAUCGCCGGGCCUCCAGAUCUUUCCCCAUCCGCCCCACAACCCAUAGACAAGGUUGUUGUUGCAGCACCCUGGGUGCUAGGCAUCAUACAGAGGAGUGAAGAAAACAGCCAAUCCUCAAGUUCGGGGGGGGGCCACAUUUUCAAACGGAAGCUAAUUGGUUCGAACCGUCCAACUGGUCAGGGGGGUACGUAGCGGGGGCCGGGGUCUACAAUUAGCACAACCGAGAAGCUGGAAGAAGUCGCGUUCGGCUCCCAACCGUUGGCGGAGGCGCAAAUGUGAGAUGUAAACAUGGGGCGAGCGAUGCGAACUCUAAAUGUUGACUAUUAGCAGCACGAGCAGUGGAUAAGGUGAUAAGAAAUCACUCGGGACAGGUUUUGUGGAUAGCAGAGUGCUCCAUCACAUCACAAUUCGAUGGGCAACACACUGUGCAAAGAGCCACGGUCAGGCUCGUCCCCCGGCACGGGCAGUGCAUUCAGCAACUUCAGCAGCGUCAUCUGCCCGAACGGACUCGGCAAGGGCAAAACGCAUCCGAUGCGCAAAACGUACUUCACGCGCAGCGCUGUUGAUGCGUCGAAGAAAACGACCUCCGCCACCGGUUGGCAGAGCGUGGGACUGUUCGUGCCGGACGGUUCCGGCCGCCAGGCAGCGAAAGUAAUCGACACACCGCCGGUAGCACCGCCGCGCAAGAAGCGUGGCGCCACGCUGGACGGACGCUACCGAUCGGACGAGGCGCUGAAGGUGAAGAACGGAUUCCAGGACGUUUUCGGGCGCGAAAGUCGCCGGCACUCGUGCGACAUUUCGUCCGUAACGCGGCCGACCAGUGUACCGCCGCCGCGGCCCGACGAUGUAGCGGCCCUGCCAGCCCGACAAACGUCCUGCUUCGAGAUCGACGCCAGCAACGAUGCGUUCAGUGACUUUUCCAAGGUUCCCACGACGGCGGAGCUGGAGCGUACGCCCUCCACCUCACAGAUACCGCGCGUGGGCAAUCGAAAGUCGGACAAGUUCUUUGGCGAGCGGCUGGCCGACUCGCUGUCGCUCGAGCAGGAGGGUCAGCAAGGCGCGGAAGUGCGAAAGCAGCCGAGAAGGGAAAAAUCCUCCGCCUCGAGCUUGGUGCGGGAUGAUGUAGAUAAGAUCGAGAAGUUUGUCGAAAGCACGGAGACUUCGGCGGAGGUAAAACAGAAACCGGAAAAGAAGCCCACCGCAAGCGACGAACCUGCCGCUGCCACAGAAAAGCCCGAAGGUGAGGAAGAUCUAAUGAAGUACAUCGAUCGUACGGUGGCCAAGGACAAUCAGAUCGGUCGGCGGGCCGAGUUUCUGAUGGCCAUGCUGGAGGACUACAACGAUAGCGUGCGGUACGAGGGCAUGGAACCGGUCGAGGAGCCGCUGAUCGUGCCGAAGCGCCGCAAGAGCAAGCACAUCUGCGACGAUCACGACCACAUGCACGACAAGCUGCACGCGCACGAGCGGGACGCAUCGGCCGCCGGUGUCGUGCGCACGGAAGUGUCCAUCGAGCAGGCACCGCGCAAACCGAGCCGUGAUUUCUCCCGCUACAAACCGAUCGAUGCGGCGGAACCACACGGCUCCUCGGACGGAUCGGACGGCGAGCAGGGCAGUGUGGUGCGACCGGCUCGAACCAAGCAAAAGCAGCGUGAAAGUGCCGCUCGUGCAGCACCACCACAAACACCACCUCCACCAGCGCCGCCCCGGUUCCAGAAGAGCCACUCGGAGACACAGUUUACCAACGCCGCCUCCUCCUCGACACAGCUGGCACAACCGGCACAAGAUGACGACGAACCCAAAGCGCACACACCGCGCAUGCUGAAGCGCAUCAUCUCCAUGCCGGCUACCGAGCAUCUGGAUAAGGUGCCAUCCCGUCCGGACACGCCGCAGCGUCCCACCCUGACGAAAAGCUCCAGCUCUGGCUCGUUCUCCGUCGUGGACCUGCAGCGUACGCGCAUCAGCGUGGAACGCUUCACGCCGGAAGAUUUCGUGCACCGGGCCGGCGCGGACGAGCUGGUCAAACCAAAGUCGAAGCUAACGACGCGCAAGAUUUCGUGGAAGUCGAACGAACCGCCGACACCGGUAGCCACCGAUGGGCCAGCCGGUGCCAGCUUCACGAUCGGUGGCGCCACCGUGGUCACGACGUCCGCUCCCCCGGAGGUACCGGCCCGCCAUCGCUCGGACGCAUCCCGGACCGAACCGGAACCGGCAGCGCCAGCCAAAUCCGCCCCAACGUCCGCCGCCUCCUUCCUGGUGGACGACGUGCAGGACAGCAGCCUGCGCCAGUUCUGUCUCGGUUCGUUCCUCGAGUCGAGCCGGGUGUUGCCCCAUCACGACGUGGUCAACGUGCUGGACUGCGUGUACAGCGCCACCGACAACAAGGAAAACAUUCUCGAACAGUUUCAAACCUUCCUGGAGGAGGCACUGACGGCCGAGCUGAACGCGCCCAACCCGACCAACCCGAACGUGCGCAAGCUCCGCGAGAAGCUGUCCCAGGCGCAAGAAGCUGCGGACGGCGAUAGCCAGCUGGAAAACGAAAGCAUCAAGCUGGCCGGAUCUAGCCGCACAUCCUGCUCCUCCUCGGAAAUGGACGACUGUUUUGAUCCGGAGUUUGAGAAGAUCGAAAAGUCGGAAGUGGUCGGCGAGCUGCCAAAGAUAGAGCACGGUACGAGGCACGGCAAGCGUCGCGAUAGCAUCGAGUACAUGAGCGAUUGGUUCGGAGGCGAGUCGGACGGUUCCACGACGAUGCUGUCCUCGAUUGGAGCGGAUGAGGCGAAGGUAAGCGUACCGAAGCCAGCGCCCAACGGCAGUGGGCGCAGGGAAAGCAUCGACGAUGUGGGCGGCUGGUUCGCCAAUCACAACGCGCUGCGUCCCUCGUUUGGAGAAGAGUUUGAGGAACCGAGCCGCCGGUUACGACGCGGAUCGGAUGGGUUCCUCGGUUACGAUCUGCAGCGCCAGUAUCCGUUCGGCAAGGGGCGCGAACGGUCCGACUCACUGUCCGCCGAAAUGUUUGAAGACAUCACGAAGCUGCACGAGCAACGAUCCGACCAGCAGCAGCAGCAGGAGCCAGUACGACCCGUUCCGCAGCAUCCGCAGCGGAAGAAGAUGCUCGAGCACCGGAACAGCUCCGAUGCGCUGCUGAUGAAAGUACUAACACGCUCGAACCGGACACAGCAACAUACUAGCAGCGACGAGAUACAGGAAAACACGCCAGCUGAGAAGGGCGAUGAAAGCGAUCCGCUGCUGAACGAAGGUAACACACAGCACCGGGACACCGUUUCCGAAAGCAUGCCGGCACAGGUUGCAGCUGAAGCAACGAAACGGGACGUACCGUCGAAGGAGACACCAGCCGCAAGGACGGACGCUGAGCAUGGUGAACAUUCCACGCUGCUGAAGUUCCUAUCGAAGGAAAAACUGAUCGAGUGAAUACAACAACAAAAAAAUGCCUGGCUCGUCUAACACCCGAGUUCGAAAUUAGUCAGUAUUACUAUUUGUUACCGCAUCGCAGCCAAGAGUGAGAGUGGCCUGUGGCAUCAUUCUCGGAGCGAGAUGUUACACGCUUGAUGCACUGCAAACUGUUCAAUAAUACGUUCUUCUUGCCUUACUUUAGUGAUAGAAUAAAUGAAGUUGCACAAUAGAGA